AUGACAGGAAGUCUUCUCUACUUGACUGCUACUAGAUCUGACAUUUCUUUUAGUGUUGGUGUGUGUGCUAGGUUUCAAAGUGACCCAAAAGAGUCUCACUUGUUUGCUGUUAAGAGAAUCAUAAAAUAUGUGAGUGGGACUAUUGAGUUUGGGUUGUGGUAUACCUAUGACACUUGUGUCAAUCUUGUUGGGUAUAGUGAUGCCGAUUGGGCAGGUUGUAGUGAUGAUAAGAAAAACACUUCCGGGGGGGUCUUCUAUGUAGGCAACAACCUUGUUGCUUGGCAUAGCAAAAAAUAG